AGUGGGUACCAGAUCAGUUCCAUACCAGUACCAUUUGCUCAUCCAACUACAAAGACAAUAAUAAGCAGCUGAUUUUUAUUGAUCUCCAUCAUCGCCAUGUCUGGUUUUAGGCGCAAAGUUGAGAUCGAAGGGGUUGAAACCGAAACAGCAGAUUACGACACGGAGAAAGAAGAUCUGGGUGGCGAUGAAUCUAGACCGUCCGAUGGAAUGGUGACAGAAGAUCAGGAUCCGUUUGCAGGCGGUAAGGUUCGUCGGAAAGCAUCUAUGGCGAGAGUUUUCAAAGGUGAUUAUGUUGAUGUUCGAUCCAAACCCUACCUCAUGAAACUUCUCGAUAGACAAGGUGACAGGGGAGUCCUCUUUGCGGACAAAGUUUUGAAGUUUACAGGAUCAGGAAAGAUGAAAAGGCAAAUUCUACUAAUUACUGAUCGUGCCAUCUAUAUUAUCGAUCCGGAGACAUAUGUGCUUAAAAGGCGGAUCACUCUUGCUGCAGUAGAGAGGCUUUGUUUGAGUCAGUUAAGUGAUAAUUUUGUAGCGGUUAUUGUCCCAACCGAAUAUGAUCUUCUGUUGGCUAGUACUAGGAAGACUGAGAUUGUAACCGUUUUGGUGGAAUCUAUGAAGAGUACCUCAAACUAUGAGUUGGAAGUUAACCUAUCUAACAGUUUUGAGUACCAUGCUGCUUCUGAUCUUGUUAAAGAAAUUCACUUUGAGGAGGUUGAAGGUGGAACCAAAACAAGAAUUGUAAACAAGUAAAGACUGCCCAAGGCUCUGUGAUGCACAUUGUUGUGAUUUUGCUUUUUGCCUCUUUGUUUAAAUUUUAUUGUAGUUGCAUACAUUUAUUAUCAGUUAAUUUUGAUAUUAAAUCAAAGUCUCACAUACUUUAUUAUCUCUUGCAAUUGCAAUUAGACUUGAAUCUUAUGAAUGCAAUAAGCUGGGAUAAUUGUUUUUUA